GGUUGGUCCGACGUCUACAGAAAUCUGGCAAGUAUAGGGGUUUGCAUGAGAUAUUAAGGGAACGCCAGCGCUGGGAGGGACAAAAAAAAGUUCCCAGGGAGGUAGAAAGGGGUUCUGUCUUGUGUUUCCUGACGCAUGCCGUGAGUGGCCGGGUGCCCAGGCCAGGACAGUCCCCUCUAUUAGGCAGGAUGGGAGGGAAAAAUUCAAAGAGCUCCACUCCCUUACAAUGCAUCUUAGAUAAUUUUGGCUCUUUUGCUAGCAGAGCCGUAGCAGGGAAUCCAAGGGACCUAAGAGAUUAUAGGCUGAGAAAUUUGUGUCAGGGAGAAUGGCCAGAUUUUGGUUUAGGUUGGCAAGUAGAAGGAACGUGGGAUCUGAAACUGAUCCGAACAGUGGAAGAAUAUUGUGCUGUGAAUCAUCCGAACCAGUGGGUCUAUAUUGCUACGUGGGAACGGGUAGUUAGAGAAGAUCCAGGUUGGGUUCGACAGUGCAGGAAUGGCAAAUGUAUGGUGGUGAAGAAGGAGGGGAAAAAGAAGGAAGUUUUCCAAUCCAAUGAGGAGGACUACCCAGAUUUACAGUUGAGUGUACAGGCUAGACAACAGGAAUUAUUGCCGCCACCCUUGCCACCGCCCCCCCCACCCCAGGGAACAGCCCCCACACUAGGAACGAGACCCCCACCCUACUCUUCGGAGUCAACCGAAGCGUCCAAGAAACACUAUCCUAGCCUAGAAAAAUAUCAGGAGGAAACAAAGGAAAAGAAGAAGUCACAACGGAUGCCCAGUGAUGCUUCUCCGGCACAAACUCGGAGACAUGGAGCUCCGGUGUGGUCUGGUGAUUCACCGACCGGACCGGCCCUCCAGAUGCCCUUGAGAACGGUGCCUGUGAUAAACAACAGGAAUGAGAUAGUUCAAGCAUACCAGGUAGUGCCUUUCAGUAGUAGUGACAUUUUGAAUUGGAAAAAUAAUACUCCACCUUAUAGUGAAGAACCCCAAGCUAUGGCUAGGCUAUUGGAAGGGAUUAUGGCAACCCAUAAUCCCACCUGGCAAGAUUGCAGACAAUUGUUGAAUAUGUUGUUCACAUCAGAGGAGAGAAGAGCAGUGUUGAAUAAUGGGGUAGCCAUAGCCCAGGUUGGUGCCCCACAAGAUGGUGAUGCAGCCGAGUGGGGAGCACAGAGGUUUCCUGUGGAAAUAGAUCCCCAAUGGGACACCGCAGAAGAAGGACAUUUGCAGAGACUGAAAGGAUUCCAGCGUAUAUUGGUAGAAGCGGUAAAGAGGGGCCCGCCGCGACCCGUCAACAUUGUAAAAAUUCAGGGAGUGGUACAGGAAAAAUCUGAGUCACCAACAGCCUUUUUGGAAAGGCUGGAGGCAGCAUAUAGAAAGUAUAGCCCGUAUAAUUUGGAGGAUGAAAACGGUAGGAGGGCGAUUCAACAGUCUUUUAUCAGUCAAGCGGCUCCUGACAUCCGGAGAAAGAUUCAAAAGCAACCAGGAUUUCUAGGAAAGACUAUGAAUGAAUUGUUGGCACUCGCAGAUCAAGUUUAUAUGGCGAGGGACCAGGUAGAAGAAGAGAAGAAGGACAGGAAGAAGAAGCAGGAAUACCAAGCAUUAGUUACCAUGAUGGAACAAAGUGCAAGUGGACAGAGAGGAAGAGGAGGAUAUGCCAGAGGGGGACAAGGAGGAAGAAGGGGGCCCCCUCGGAGGUUAGGUCGAGACCAAUGUGCUAAAUGUAAGAAGUUUGGACACUGGAAAGGUGAAUGCCCAGAAGGAAGAGAAGGAAGUCAGGAAGGACCGAGAGAAAGAGGAAGGCCUGAGAGAGGAAGAAACCCAGGAAGGGGAAGAGGACGUGGGAACUACGUACCUUUUCCUGCAAGAGAGGUGAUAGCUGCAGCAGCUGUGAUGGAAGAAGAAUGGGAAGAUAUGGAUGGAGGAGAGGAAUGAGGAAGCCAGGCUCUUGUUUUGUUGGACCCCGGGGAGCCGAUGGUCACACUUGAAAUCGGGGACCAACAAUUGGACUUUUUAGUGGACACAGGUGCCGAAAAAUCAGUAGUAAAUACAAAAAUUAGUCCACCAACUCGGGAAACUACGAAAGUAAUAGGGGUGUCUGGGAAGACCCAGAAGUGCCCCUUCCUUAAGGAACGCACCUGCAAUCUGGCCGGACAUCAGGUCAAGCAUAAGAUGUUAUAUCUCCCAGACUGCCCAGUCCCUUUAUUGGGAAGGGACAUUUUAUCAAAAUUACAAGCACAACUCCAGUUCAUGAAGAAUGGACAAGUGGAGCUAUCAUUUCCCAUGGAAGAGGAAUGGAGACUGUUUCAAGUUAGGAUUUUUACUGAAGAAAUACAAUGGCCAUGGCAUGAGACUCCUUUAGUGUGGGCAGAAGAUAAUCCUCCAGGAUUAGCUAAAUAUGUUCCACCGGUGGUGGUGGAAGUGAAAAGAGGAAUGGGGCCCAUAUGCAAGCCACAGUAUCCCGUCAGUCGAGAGGCAGUGCAGGGGAUCAGAAAGCAUCUAGAGCGACUUCUGCAGCAUGGGAUAUUGGUACCAUGCAGUUCCCCAUGGAACACGCCCCUGCUCCCAGUCAAGAAACCAGGAGGACAAGGAGAAUAUCGCCCAGUCCAAGAUUUGCGGGCUGUAAAUCAAGUCACCGUUCCCCUAACCCCGGUAGUGCCAAAUCCAUACAUCAUGAUGAGUCUAGUACCAGCAUUUGCCAAAUGGUUUACUGUAUUGGAUUUAAAGGAUGCAUUCUUUUGCAUUCGAUUGGCCCCUGUAUCCCAACCGAUCUUUGCUUUCCAGUGGGAAUCUCAGCAGUCAGGGCAAAGGACCCAGUAUGUUUGGACACGCCUUCCUCAGGGGUUCCGGGACAGCCCGACCAUUUUUGGUCAAGCCCUGGCCAAAGACUUACAGGAUUUUGUAAUACCUAAGGAAGAGGGAAUUUGGCUUCAAUAUGCAGAUGACCUGCUUAUCGCUUGCCGGACACUAGGGGGCUGUAAAGAGCAUACUUUGAGAUUUCUCAAGACAUUGGAAGAAAAGGGUUACAAAGUGUCAAAGAAAAAGGCCCAGUUGUGCUGUCCCACGGUGAAAUAUUUGGGGUUCCAUCUGACCGAAGGAAAGAAGAUGUUAGGAGCUGAAAGAAAGGAAGUUGUUUGUGCCAUCCCCACUCCCAGUACCCGGCGACAGGUGCGGGAAUUUUUGGGAUCAGCAGGAUAUUGUAGACAGUGGAUCCCCAACUACGCCGUGUUGGCUAAGCCACUGUACCAGGCUACGAGAGGUGGAAGAGAAGAUCCAUUUGAGUGGACAGAAGAAUGUCAACAGGCAUUUAAGGCAUUAAAAGAAGCAUUGAUGUCAUCUCCAGCAUUAGGACUGCCCGAUUUGGAAAAACCAUUCACUCUGUUCGCUGCAGAGCGGGAAGGAACAGCGGUUGGAGUAUUGACCCAACCACUAGGUUCAUGGCAAAGGCCGAUUGCCUACUUGUCAAAGCAAUUGGACACAGUGGCUCGUGGAUUGCCACCUUGCCUGAGGGCUGUGGCAGCAUCAGUAGAUUUAAUCAAAGAAGCGAAUAAAUUGACCCUAGGACAGCCACUGACAGUUAAGGUGCCCCAUAGCGUUAAGGCACUGUUAGACAUUAAGGGACCGCGCUGGCUCACAAGUGAGAGGUUAAUGAAAUAUGAGGGAUUGUUGUGUGACAACCCACUGGUGACCCUGGAGACUUGCUCCACUCUGAAUCCGGCCACCUUGCUCCCGACUCCAGGAGACACCAUGAUCCAUCAGUGUGCCCAGGUGAUGGAUGAGGUAUUCUCCAGUCGACCGGAUUUGAAGGAUGUGCCACUAACUAAGGUGGACGACACUCUGUUCACAGAUGGAAGCUCCUUUAUGGAAAAUAAUCAAAGACACUCAGGUUAUGCGGUUGUUCGGUGGGGGGGAGAGACGCUGGAAGCAGAGUCACUGCCCCCGGGGACGUCUGCCCAGAAGGCCGAAUUGAUUGCCCUGACCCGAGCGUUGGAAUUGUCAAGCGGAAAGCGGGUUAACGUCUACACAGACUCAAAAUAUGCCUUCACCACCCUCCACGCACAUGGAGCACUGUACAAGGAGCGCGGGCUCCUCACGUCUGGAGGAAAGUGCGUGAAACAUGCUGGAGAGAUUGUGGAUCUCCUGGAGGCGGUUUGGAAGCCAAGGCAGGUGGCUGUGAUGCAUUGUAAAGGGCACCAACGUGGAGACGAUCCCGUAGUGCAAGGAAAUAGGCAGGCUGAUCUGGCAGCCAAAGAGGCAGCUAGGCUGCCCUAUAUUGAACAUCAGGUAAUGGCCCUACAGGUAGAAUUAACUGAACAUAACAUUACAUAUACACCAGAGGAAGAAGAAUGGGCCUUAAAGGAGAAGGGUCAGUGGUCAGGAAAACUCAUAGUGAUGCCAGACGCCCGUGUCUACGUCCCUAAGGACUUGGCAUGGCACUUAGUCCAACACAUGCACCAAAACACACAUUUAGGAAAAAUGGCAUUGGCAAAUCUGCUAGGACGACAGUUGUAUAUCGAUGGAUUACAUAGCCUAACGGCAGCAGCAGCCCGAAGAUGCUGGACAUGUAUCAAAAAUAACCCCAGAGAAGGACCCCUCAAGCCACCAGGAGUCCAACAUGUGGGUGGGGUACCCUUUGAAGCUUUAGUCACUGACUUUACAGAAAUGCCCCCAUACAAAGGAUACAAAUAUUUACUGGUGUUCGUGGACACAUACACAGGAUGGGUGGAAGCUUACCCUACAAGAACUGAGAAGGCUGUAGAGGUGUCAAGAGCUCUAAUGAAAGAUGUUAUUCCCAGAUUUGGCAUACCCUUAGAAAUUGGAUCAGAUAAUGGCCCCGCAUAUAUUCAACAGGCUGUGCAAGGAUUAUGUAGAAUUUUGGGCAUAAAAUGGAAGUUACAUUGUGCAUAUAGACCCCAAUCUUCUGGAAAAGUGGAAAGAAUGAAUAGGACAUUAAAGGCUCAGCUUGGGAAACUUUGCCAAGAGACAGGAUUGCCGUGGACGGUGGUUUUGCCCAUGGCAUUAUUAGGAAUCAGAUGUACACCACACAAACGGACAGGACUCUCCCCUUUUGAAAGACUCUAUGGACGACCCCCUUUGAACUUGAAGGGAGCCUUAGAGACAGGAGCUGAGCAGCACCUCAUAGGAGAGAAACAGACAUUGGCCCAGGUUCAGGCUUUGGGCAGACAAAUGCAGCAGUUAGAAAAAUACAUUUCUGAAUUGAACCCACCAUUCCCUACCACACCUCUACAUUGU